CCAUCAGAGCCAUCAGAUCCAUCAGAGCCAUCAGAGCCAUCAGAUCCAUCAGAGCCAUCAGAGCCAUCAGAUCCAUCGCCGUCUGCACCAGCAGCACCACUCCUGCCAUAGCCAGCACUGCCAAUGCCCCCGUAUAGCUCGUUCGACGACGCCGACAGCGACGCCGGUGAUGGCCUGGACUUUGCCGAGGACGCAUUCGAGACCAACCGCGAUGGCCUUCUCUGGGUCAUCGAUGCUUCGCCUCGCAUGUUUGUCCCCACCGACGACGGAGCGAUACCUUUCAAAAAGACACUCGAGUGCGCUGCACGCUGUCUCAAGAGCAAGAUCAUCGUCAGCGACUCGGAUCUCUCGGGCAUCCUCUUCUAUGGCACGAGAGCCCAGCGCCAGCCCACAACAAAGUUUGGCGGAAUCUAUCUGUUGCAAAACCUGGAUAUCCCCGAUGUGCAGCAAAUCGUCCAUCUUGAGAAAAUGGUGAAAGAUCCCAGUAUUUUUGAGGAGGAGAUUGGUUCGUCGGACGACUACAAGAUACACGAGGUUCUGUGGGCUUGCUCCAACGUCUUCUCGGCAAACAAAGUGAAGCUUGCCUCCCGACGAGUCUUUAUCUUCACCUGCAGCGACAACCCCGCCGGCGAGCACCAGCUGAGAACCAAUGCACUGACCCGCGCAUCCGAUCUGAGCCAUCUGGGCAUCGAGCUGCAUGUGUUUCCGCUGCCGGGGGCAGUGUUCGACUGGAGCCCGUUCUGGAAUCCGCUGCUCAAAUUAACCGAGACGAACAACAGCGCCGACGAGGAGGCCAUCCCAGACAUGAUCGAGAAGUGGGCCCAGCUCGAGGAUCUUGUGAAGCGCAAGGAAAACAAGAAGCGGACCAUCUUUCGCGUGCCCUGGCACAUCUCCCCAGACAUUGUCAUCGGCGUUGCCGGCUACAAUCUUAUCAUGGAGCAAAAGCGGGGCUCGUUUGUCUAUCUCUCGCAGCGAGACAACCGCGAGGUCAAGUCCGCUACAACUUGGAUAUGUGAGCAAACGGGAUCGGUUCUCCUCCCGGACGACAUUGACUACUUUUACCCAGUCGGGCAGCGCACCGCCGUGUUUUCAAAGCAGGAGCUCUCCGAAAUCAGAUACUUUGGCGAGCCGAAGCUGCAGCUGCUGGGAUUCAAGCCGCAGGAGUCACUGAUGGAGGAGCACAAUAUCCACCGCCCGUACUUUAUCUUCCCCGAUGAAUCGACGUACUCGGGCAGCUCGAGCGUGUUUGCAAAUCUGCUGGACUCGUGUCUGCGCCUCAACAAAGUGGCUCUCUGCACGCUGAUUGCUCGCAAGCGAUCUCCUCCGCGGUUGGUGACACUUGUCCCUCAGAGAGAAACCGAGAGCAUGCCUGGCGGGUUCCAUGCAAUCUUGAUGCCGUAUGCGGAUGACUUGCGCAACAUACAGAUGCCUGUCGUGCACCCCACUAUUCUCAAGGACUCUUCGAGUGCGCUGGCCGAGAUCGGAAACAAGAUCAUCAAGAAGCUCAAUAUCAAGUCCUAUGACGGGAAGAACUAUGAGAACCCGGUGAUUCAGAUCCACUACACCAAUCUCCAGGCUCUGGCUCUCCAAGAGGACUUGCCCGAGGAGUUCAACGAUCAAACACUUCCAAAGGCCAGAGAGAUCCACGAGCGCGCCGGCGAGCUCAUCCAAGAGUUCAAACGGGAGCUGAUGGCUUUGGAUGCCGAGGAUCUGGGGCAGGCAGACGGCGAUUUGACUGCCGGGCUCAAACGACAGUCGGACGCAGAAGACUCGCAGGCCAAGAGAGCCAAGAACGAAGUCCCGGACGCUCAGUCCAUCAAGCGGCACAUUGAAGCCGAAACGCUUCAGACCCUGACCGUCGCCCAGCUGACUGGAUUCCUGACGUCGGUCCGGAUCAAGCCCAUGAAACGCAAGCCCGAGCUUGUCAGCCAAGUCGAGCAAUACAUGAGUGGGCGGUGAGGCGAUUUUCUGUCUCCUACUUCUCCACCCUCCCACAUAGACCUGAUGGCCACGCUCGAGGGUAAUGGCAAUACAUUCUAUAUUACAGUCUAUCCAGA